AUGGCAAACUUACUUGAACCCGUCCACGAAAACCCUAUUGAUUUCCGUGCCCCGCCACCUUCUCCAGUUGCGUCUGGCCGCCGAUCAUCCCUCACAAACGACGAUGUCAUUACCGAAUUCCUCCAGCACUCCCUCAAUGUCCCUGACCUCAUCUUGCCAGACAAGUUCUUCCCAAAACAAAAAUCAGUUGAAAAUCCCCCCACAAUUGAUUUUGAAACAUUGUGUUCACAUCAUUAUGAUGAUGCUAGUGUUGCCAAGAUUCUGGAGUCCAUAGCAAGAAUCGGGUGCUUUCAGUUAGUGAACCAUGGGAUUUCAAGUGAUUUUGUAAGGUCAGUGCAGGCUGAAGCCAUCGGGAUAUUCCAGGUGCCACUGGAGAAGCGGGCAGACAUAACAAGGUCACCGGAGAAGACAUAUGGGUUCGAGGAAGUUCACGGUGAGGAGGCUGACACGGAAUUGAGUGAAGAGUUUGUUUGGUGUAGAGAACAAGGUUUGAAGUUGGCAAUGGAGGGAAUUUGGCCAAUAGGGUAUUCAAAUUUCAGCAAGAAAUUGGAGAUCCUUAUGACAGAUACAGAGAAGGUUUGUGAGAGAAUUCUACAAAGCUUAUUGAACACUAAACAAAAGGAAUCUGUUUAUGGAAAUACUUUUGUUCAGGGAAAAGAACUUGGGACAGUUUGUUGUUUUUACAAGCACAAUCAGAAUGUUUUAGCGGAUAAGUGGGAUAGCUAUCUGAGAUAUGAUGUGAUUAGGAUGCUGAUAAGAGGAACUGAUUACUCUCAUGCCUUGUGUUUGCAUCUUUGUGAUGGAUCCUCAGAGUUUCAUGUUUACUCCAAGAAAGGUUGGGUUUCUUUUACCCCAGAUAGAGAUGCUCUUGUAGUUACCACAGGGGACCAAAUGCAGGCAUGGAGUGGAAGCCAAUACAAGCAUGUGAUAGGAAGGCCAAUCUUUCAGGCCAAGGAGGAAUGCAUUUCAAUGGCCCUUCUCUAUUCCCCUCUGAACAUCAUGACCAACUCCCAAGGCAACACGGAAAAGAAAAUUUUACUCGGCCAACAAUUUAUAGCGGCUAUAUUACUAACUCUUGUCUACCAAUUUUCAGUAUACUACUUAUACAUGAAUGUUUGAUGUGUUAUUGGGACCGACUUGA